GCACAAAAUAAAAGCGAGCAGUGUCAGGCUGGCGGGCGCGGACUUCUCCGCUGAAAAUGGCGACAAAAGCUGCCUCACGACGUACAUCUUCAACCCGGCGGACACGUGCACGGGCAGCGCGAGUCCGCAAAAGUUCUCCGAGAACUCCGGGUUGAAAGUCGCGCACAUGCACCGCAACUUCCUCUACGGCAAGAUCCUGCCUGACGGCCGGCCCAACUACUUCGCCGACUACGAGCUGAGCUUCGAGCGGUGCCGCUUCGGGGCCGGCGAGCACGCCAAGUGCUGCGUGGGCGGGCGCUUCGGCGGGGAUGCCGGCCUGGGGCACCUGUACACCAUCAGCAGGAGCGGGAGCGGGGAGGAGCGCACCUACGACGAGCCGUACGCCGGGGAUUUACCGCGGAGGUGGUUGUGCUGCCCCGGGUCGCAGCAGCAAGCGGGAGGCGAGCAGCCGCCGCUGCUGGAGGCGGCGGUCAGAGCGCCGUACGCGAUCGUCGAUACUGUCACCAAAGAGCCUGGUCAUAAUUUUGGUCCAGGAACAUGCGAACGUCUUCAACAGCAGUUGGACGAACAGGCCCAACGUUACGAAGAGCAGCUUACCGAACUGCAUUCGGUGAUAGCAGAACUUUCCCGAAAGCUCCAUCAGCAACGAACAAUGGCCAUAGCGGAAGAGGACGAAGUUUCCGAGUCUUGUACAAGUGUCCACGACGACUCCAUAACGUGUCCAUUGGAAGUGAGCGAACUCGAACCAGUCGAUCACGAUUUAUCCGAUCCGGACAGCAAACUGCCCCUAUCCGAAAGUCCAUUAGAGCUGCCCGAGCCGAAGCUGACCUCGUCGCAUCACGAACACAACGAGCUGUCCCCGUUCACGGAAAUAGUCGAGCCGUUAAAGCAGGAGAUAACCAGCCUGAAAGCGCAGCUGCACGAUGCCCACAUCAAGUUGGCGCAAAUCACCUUGGACAAGAUCGAGGAGAUCAUAGAGGAGGAGACGAUCACCAACAGCAAGAAUUUGGAUUCGCCGGAAUCCCAUCUCGAGUUGGACUGCGAGCCGAAAAUCUAUCAGGACGAUAGAGUGGAUAUCAAGUAUGGCAGUAUAGUGCCGAUACACAGGACCAAUAUCAAGAACAAGUCGGCGUUCAAAAACACGCCCGUUACCAAGGUGGCAGAACGCAUUAAACUGAAACGUGCCACGGACGGCCACAGGGACGUAACCCCGAACGAUUUGCUCGACGGCGACUUGUCAACAGCAGUGGCGGAGCACAUAGUGGGCGAUAUUUUGAGGCAGUGCGACGUGCAAGCGGAAAAACAUUCUUUGGACAUCGAAAUCCGAAGAGCGAACGCCAAACUGGAACACGCUAGGUCGCAAAACUCCGUAUUGGCGCUUACGUUGCAGGAAACCAAGGCCUUCUGUGAUAGGUUGGCACUGUUAUGUGGCAAGUACGAAUCCAACGCCAUAGCGUUGCGUCUGGCUUUGGGAGUGACGGACCGAGCCAUAGAAGCAUACGACGUGCUGCUAGCAUUGCUGGAGACUGAAUUAUCCUUAAGCAAAAACAAACCGGAUUGCCAGGAGAACAGAUCCGCUGCGGAAACGGUCGCUAAACAAUUGCUAACCCAUCUGGACUCCUAUCAGAGCACGGACGUUUUAUUAUCGCCCUGGCAGAAUCAUGUCUACAAUAGUCCCGCCUUGGAAAGCGAAGAACAAUGGACCAAUGACCACGAAAUUAGGUUAAGGGAUCACGUUUCCAGACUAAAAGCCGAAAGGAGUAACAUACAGGGCACGUACGUGGUUUUAGAAUCGACGCAAGUGGAGCAUGCGCCAAUUAGACCGUCGAGUAGUCAGGAGGCAAGAAAAAUGGACCUUGAAAUGGCCGUUCUGUUACAAGAACUAAUGGGCUUGAGGGAGGACAAAUCCGAACUGCUCGCCAAAUUAUUUGUGCUGGAGAAAGAAAAAAGCGCCGUCGAGUUAAAGUUGAAGCAUGUCGAAGACCAACAGAGGGCGCAAGCUGCAGCACUAAAAAAUCUGCAAGGACAGCUUAAAGACACUGAGGCUUUAUUGGCUAUAGCAACUCAAAAUAAGGAACGCGGAUACUCGGAUGCGGAGCAUGCGCAAGGGGUGGAGCUCGAACUGAUGCAGGCGCUGGCAAGAGAGGCAAGACUGAAAGUUAGGUUACAGGAACUUGUUAACACGUUAGAACAAGUUACCAAAAACGCAGAGUCAAGACUUUUAGAGGGAAGAGAAAUAGUACAAGAUCUAAACCAAACAAAUAGUAUAUUAGCGGAUACUGUAGAUAGAAACAAUAAAAAAUAUCAAGCUAAAUUUAAGAAAAUGGAACAUCAGAUGUUAACUUUGGUAGAAAGACAUAGUGCACAGGUUUUAUCACUACAAGAGAAAAUAGCAACUUUAGAACCGAUUAAAACAACAAAUAGUACUGAUAGUACUUUAUCUGCUUAG